AUGGAAAUUUUAAUGGAAAAAGGAGUUGUUGAGAAUGGUGUUGUCGCGCAAGAUAAUACACAAAUUCGAAAUCUAUGGGCAAUUAGAGAAGGGAUACCCGAGGCCGGUGGUAAGGCCGGUUCGGUGUAUAAAUAUGAUCUAUCUAUACCAGUACCAGUUUUUUACAAUAUAAUUGAAGAUAUGGGAAAUAGGUUAAAGGAUGCUGGUAUAUUUGGCAAGGAUAAACUUGUAACAGAUGUUGUUGGGUACGGUCACAUUGGUGAUGGUCUAAUGAAAGCUGAUUGUAUAGGAUAUUCUAAAUCACAAAAAAUGAUCAGCAUGAUGAAGCAGAUAAAACAAAGUAUUGAUCCAAAUGGUAUCAUGAAUCCUUAUAAAUAUAUUUUAUAA